GAAGCGGAACUCUCGCGGGAAGCCGACUCUCUCCGUAUAAUCUCGCGUGCUUUCCGAGUCCCUCCCUCUUUGGUCCCCGGCGCGGCGCGAUGGCGGUCGGCAAGAACAAGCGCCUCACGAAAGGAGGCAAGAAAGGCGCGAAGAAGAAAGUGGUUGAUCCCUUUUCAAAGAAGGACUGGUAUGAUGUCAAGGCUCCAGCAAUGUUUAAUAUUAGAAACAUUGGGAAGACAUUGGUCACCAGGACUCAGGGAACAAAAAUUGCUUCUGAUGGACUUAAAGGCCGUGUAUUUGAAGUAAGUCUUGCUGACCUACAGAAUGAUGAAGUUGCCUUCCGUAAAUUCAAACUGAUCACAGAGGAUGUGCAAGGGAAAAAUUGUCUGACAAACUUCCAUGGCAUGGACCUUACACGCGACAAAAUGUGUUCGAUGGUCAAAAAAUGGCAGACAAUGAUUGAAGCCCAUGUUGAUGUCAAAACUACAGAUGGAUACCUUCUACGCCUUUUCUGUGUUGGUUUCACUAAGAAGCGUACUAACCAGAUUCGCAAGACUUCCUAUGCCCAGCACCAGCAGGUCCGCCAAAUCCGGAAGAAAAUGGUGGAAAUCAUGACACGAGAAGUUCAAACAAAUGACCUGAAAGAAGUUGUAAAUAAACUGAUUCCAGACAGCAUUGGUAAAGAUAUAGAAAAGGCAUGUCAGUCAAUCUACCCCCUUCAUGAUGUCUACGUUCGUAAAGUCAAGAUGCUUAAGAAACCCAAGUUUGAAUUGGGCAAGCUGAUGGAACUGCAUGGUGAAGGUGGUGGUGCUGGAAAGCCAUCAGGUGAUGAAACUGGUGCCAAGGUAGAACGGGCUGAUGGGUAUGAACCCCCUGUGCAAGAGUCUGUCUAAAAUCAGUUUUUAAAAAAAUAAAAAUAAAAGAUAUAAUAUAAA